AUGUCCUACAAUCCCUACCAGAAUGCACCGGGUUAUCCGCAAAUGCCUACCCAGAUAGUGCCGGUAGGUCAACCAGCGAUUGUAGCCCCUCCACCAGUAAUGAUGCCACCUCAAGUCAUUAUGGCGCCUCCACCGCCAGUUAUGUUGUAUCCCCCUCCAAUGAUGUAUCCUAAUGUAGUUGUCUACGAGGAGUACCCUCACCAUCAUCAUCACCAUCAUCGUCAUCACUGUUGGUAAAGCCUUGGAAUGGUAUUUCCACUUCCGUGUCCACCAAUGCUCUCAACAAUGAAGUAUACCUCUACCUUUUUGAAAUGUAUUUAUGCUCUGAAAUAAACAUGCAAAGCUCG